AUGCUGGACCACAUGUCAGACGUGCUCGACAUGUUCACAGUUCUCUACCCUGAGCACAAGCCUGUAGGCCUGUUCGACUGGUCGUCCUGUCAUGACUGCAUGGAGGUCGGCGCACCGUCGGUGAAGAGAAUGAACUUGGGUGUCGGUGGUGUGAGGAACGGAGAAGAGCUUGCGCCGAUGGACCCCGUGACCAUCCUCGAAGAUACCCCGAACCUCCCAGCCGGCACGGUACAGCACUUGGUGUUUCGGAGGGGGGACGAUCCCCCCUUCCACUCCCCGCAUCUCAAGCCGGCGCAAUAUGUCGGAAAGUUGAAAGGAAUGCGGCAGAUUUUGUGGGAGAGGGGGCUCCUGGUCAAAGGCAUGAGUAAGACGGGGGGCUCGGGCGAAAAGCAGGACCUCAGCAAGAGCAUGGAGCACGUUUUGGGAGAGCAGAAGGACUUCAAGGAAGUUGAUUCUAGUCUGGUGCUGUUGAUGAAGCGCCACGGGGGGGCCUGUCUCAUGCUUCCUAAGUACCACUGCGAUGUAACCCCAUCGAGCUUGUUUGGGGCCGAGCGAAGGACUGGACUCGAAAGAACUGCAAAUAUUCGUUGGAAUGCUUGCGCAAGAACGUGCCGCUGAGUUUUAGACCAGAGAAGGAUAGACAGGCUGUUUCGGUAGUCCAGGGCUACUGCAAGAAGGCGUACACACACGCCCUCAUGUACCGCGAGACGCGUGUGCAAGGGCCUGAGGGCAAGAAGACGUACAAGAAGUACAAGUCGCACAGGCGCCCGACCCCGAAGGAAUGGAGGCCGUAGAGUCGAUGGCGCAUUCUUGUUCAUUGAGCUGUAUUUGUUCAGUUUUUUUCCGUGUUUCUAGUGGGAAUGUUGUACAAAAAUGGAACAUUUUUGUUGAAAACGGCCAAUUUUUGUGAUGUAUGUACGCUAUAGGUGCGGUAGAGGCAUUUGCAUAGUGUUUGAGGGCGUUCCUGUGCACGUGUGGGUGGUUUGGUGCGAAAAAAAAAAAGGAUUAGCAACAUAAAUAUGGGGGAAAAGUUGCUCUAGGGCCAAUUUCGUGGGUUCGAGACCCGCCGCGAGCAUCUUUUUCCUUUUUUUUCUCGUUUUUUCCUUUUUUUUUUGGCGACUCGCUAGACUACUCUCUUGCGCCUUGCCGCGGGCGUUCCGAAGCUGUUUUUCUUUUUCUUUUACUCGCUCUCAGUCAAAAGUUAUGGACAACCAAAAUCGGGUCCUUGGAAAUUACCACUUUAGUGUCGAUAUUUUUCACUGCAGUGCCUAACACAGACGAUCGGGAGAGAUUCGGGUGAUUGUCAAAUGCUGCUAUGAUGGCUUUGGUUGGUUGUUCUUUUUCACUGUACGGCCGCAGACACAUUCUGACAGCACUUCAGACAGCAGCUUUGUGCCCCGCCAGCUGCUUGUUCCAUGCCUACCAUGGUGUUUUUGUACAGACAGCACUUCAGACAGCAGUAUGCUGUAGUCGGCAAUCUUCCGUUUUGGUAUAGAGUGGGACAGGGAGGGGGUGAUGCUACUGCUGUAGUCGAACGGUGGGACGGACGUGCAGUUCAGUUUUUGGGCACGCAUACGGUGCUGCAGGGAUUUUUAGGUGUACCUCUUCGGGCUCUUGGAUACCUUUUCCUCGUUAUAUAUGUGCGUGUUCUUUAGAUCCU